AUGGCGGUUAAGCAAGCAGUGGUUGAGGUUGGUAGGCUAAAGAUUGGUGUUAUGAGAAACUCUAUUCAAGAGCUUCCUGAUGUCAAAGCUUUUGGUCUUGAGGUUGGCAUAAGAAAGCUCCUAAGAUCUAAUAUGUUAGAGAAGUAUAGUGCCCUUGUGAAAACAGCUCCGAAUCUGAGUAUGGCUGAAGCUCUAGUCUCAUUACUCAUUGAGCAUUUCGGUUCCAUGGCUCUUGAGCGGAUUGAAGGGGAAGUGAGGCUGGUCAAAGGUGUGGAUGAAGAUGUUGCGAACCUCAAGACCAAUCUUGAGGACAUUCAAGCAGUGCUUGAGGGUGCUGAGCAGAAGCAACUGAACGAUGCGAGUCUAAAGAGAUGGUUGGAUAAGCUCAACAAUGCGGCGCACAACAUGGAUGAUGUUCUGGACGAGUGGAACACUGCCAUUCUUGAAUUCAAAAUCAAGAAAGAAGAGGAAGCUGAAAACAAUGCUUCUUCAUCAAACAAGAAGACUACUUUCCUUAUUGAUGAAACCAAAGUUCAAGGUCGAGAUGAGGAUAAGAGUCUGUUAAUAAGCAAAUUGUUGAGUGAGAGCAGUGAUGAUGGGAGACGCAUUGAUAUCAUCCCCAUUGUGGGGAUGGGCGGUCUCGGAAAAACUACUCUUGCCCAGCUAGCUUAUAAUGAUGAGACGAUUAAGACCCACUUUGAUAAGCGAAUUUGGGUGUGCGUCUCAGAUCCUUUCGAGGAGGUCAAGAUUGCCAAAGCAAUUAUUGAAGGCCUCGGAAGUAGUGGUCCAAGUUCAGUCGAAUUGAAUGCUUUAGUGCGCUGCAUUCAUGAGUCCGUCGAGGGAAAGAAAUUUCUUCUCGUCCUAGAUGAUGUAUUGCUUGAAGAUUACAGUAGAUGGGAAACUGUACAUGUAGCUCUUCAAAAUGGUGCUAUAGGGAGUACGAUACUGGUGACCACCCGAAAGCAAGAGGUUUCGAUCAUGAUGGGGGCAGCCACACACCAGAUUAGUCUGUAA